CAUCAGCAGUUCAACAUUUUCCCUGCAAUUUUCAGCAGGCAGCUGAACUUUUCUGCAGCGGCAGCUGCGAACUGCGGUCAAGGCAAGCUGAUGGACGAAUUAAGGCCGAACCUGGGCUUGCUUGGCGUCGGUCUUGUUGAGAACGAGAGCUUUCAUUUGAAUCACAAUCAGGAGAAGAGAAAGUGUAGCAGCACCAGUUCGAACGAGCAAGAUUUUAGUCUAUACGGGGUUCAUCAGGGUCUCGAGGCUAGCCCGCCGACGCCCGCCGCGACGCCCGGAAGGAGCAGCGUUGGAGCCACUUCUUCCGUUGGUGCGGAAGGAGCUUUUAAAAAGUUAAAACCUGAUCCCUGUGCUUCGAGUCCUCACAUCGGUCACACCCCUACCACUGCCAGCUGUCCAACCCCUGCUCGACGACGGCAUAGGACUACUUUUACACAGGAGCAGCUGGCAGAAUUGGAAUCGGCAUUCGCAAAAUCUCAUUAUCCAGACAUAUACUGCAGGGAGGAAUUAGCGAGGUCCACCAAAUUGAACGAGGCUAGAAUUCAGGUCUGGUUUCAAAAUAGAAGAGCGAAGUAUCGGAAGCAAGAAAAGCAGCUCCAAAAGGCACUCACGCCUAUACCAGCUUGUCAAGGUGCUAUGAUGAGGAACAUUUAUCCCGGCGCUAGUAGAGGUUAUCAACCAUAUCCUCAUCCUCAUAAUAGCAUAAAUGGAAUAAACCGCUACCCUCAGAUGGGUACCACGUCUUAUCCAAGUAUGACUCAGCCAUUUUCUAUGUCGCAUUCUGCGUCGAAUAUGUCUGCAGUUACUGGUAUGAGACAAGAUGCAAUGGGUAUGUCAGCCGAGGACGAGUGGUACAACAAGAGCAUUUCCGCUCUGAGAAUGAAUACAGCUCAUCAUCCUAACCUCGCCGCGCCAAUGCUGCAAUACCAAACAUAA